UCUAUUUACCACCGACCCUAAGAGGAGAUAUGGAGUGUCCACUAGCGAGGAUUUGGAAUUUACAACCCGAGAUCAUUCCGAUUUCCGACACCUCGAAAUCUUAGAUCCUAGCUUAAUUUUCGUCAACAUCAAGAUGAUGCUUUCACGAAUCAGUCGUUCAAUCUCCAGAUCUUCCCGCUCUUCGCUUUUGAACGCUGUUAUUGGUUGUGAUGGUUAUAGCGCUAGAAUUGCAUCUCAUUCUGGCGUGUUUGCAUCGCGCGCUGAUCCUGAGCUAGGGUUUUUCCAUUCUUACUUUUCAUCAAUUGGUGCUGCUAAACAUGCUGCUCCUUCUUUUUCAUCUUUUUCAAGUUCCCAUUUUGUUAACCCUAGCCUUUCCAGGUUCUUCUCCACUGAUACUUCAAAUAAACAAAGUUAUGAGAUGAAGGAAGGUAAGGGAGAAAUCAAAGAAGAUAAGAGUGUGCCUAUUUCGAAUAGAAUUGCUGGACUGUACCAUACAGCUGUGUCUCCUUUGUUCCAUAUUGAAGAAGGGCUCAAUGAGAUUAUUGCAGAUUAUGUUCACCAUGAAAUGACUCGAGCUUUUAUCUUGGUUUGUGUUAAAUUGUAUCUUUUGAUUGUUAUGAAAGAUCUUAUAUUGGCACUCUUUUUCUGAGGUUAUUAGUUGAACUCGACAUUCGAUGAUUGAUUUUCUAUGGUUCAUUGUUCUCCAGUAACUGGUCGAGUGGAAUGACCUAUAUUUUCAGAACUUCAUCUGUCUUUUGUUGUCGAGCAAAUAAAAUUUAGUCCAUGAUUCUCUUGUUA